GACCAAAGGCAAAAAGCGUGCCUUAUGAAAAGGCAGCAUGCUUCCCUGACUAAUCGGUUGGAGUUCGAAAGAAUAACGGGCGGGAUAAACAAAGGAGAGGCACUUACAGUUGUUUACUUAGAUUUUCAGAAUGUAUUUGGCAAGAUGCAACACGAGGGUGCAGAUGAAUAUAAUUACUGGAAUAUUACCGGAAAGGUGCCUGCAGGAAUACAAGGUUAGCUGAUUGCAAGAGGCAAAGAGUGGGAAAUAAGCCUGUGGUCUUACCCCUGAAGCAGAAUGGCCGGCACCAAGCAGAGAGCGCGCAAAUCGACUGGCGGAAAAGCUCCUCGCAAACAGUUGGCGGCCAAAGCGACGCGGAAGAGCGCUCCUGCCACCGGCGGAGUGAAGAAGCCUCAUCGCUACCGGCCCGGCACCGUGCCUCUGAGGGAGAUCCGGCGCUACCAGAAAUCCACGGAGCUACACAUCCGCGAACUUCCCUUCCAGCGCCUGGUCCGGGAGAUCGCUCAGGACUUUAAAACCGAUCUGCGUUUCCAGUGCUCGGCCGUCAUGGCCCUGCAGAAGCCAAGUGAGGCUUACCUGGUCGGGCUCUUUGAGGACACUAACCUGUGUGCCAUCCACACCAAGCGAGUCACCAUUAUGCCCAAGGACAUCCAGUUGGCCCGCCGCAUCUGCGGGGAGCGCACCUAA